CGUGGAUUCAGGAGCCGAGACUGGAGGCCAUUAAACAAAGAUGUGCCUCGUUGUCUCCUGCGGUCUGAUUACAGUCCCUUGUCCUCAACAAGCAGUGACUUAUCCAUGGGUGAGCUCCAGGAUCCCUUCCUUGUCAGCAUCCACCUCAUUGCUGACCCCGGCGAGGGCAAGUUCCUGCAGCAUGCUGCCGACGCCGUGCUGGCGUGGGUUCACCCUGAACUGCAGCUCUUCAGGGUCUCAGAGCGAGCCUCCGUCUCUCAGCGACCUCGGGCAAAGCGGCAUCAAAAUGGAAGCCCAGCUUCAGCCUGCCAGCCAGCCCUGGCGGUCAUCCUAUUCCUCCAGGAGGCCUACGGCGGUGAUGAGCACAUACUGAUGCUGCAUCGCGCUCUGCAGCGGCCGCCCUGGCACUACCACCAUACUGAAAAAGUCAGCAAUGGCCGGCGGAUGCUACCGUUGACCCCAUGCAGUCAGGACUUUUUCACUCUGUCUCCUGGCACGCCGCUCUGGGCCGUGCGGCAGGUCCAUUAUGGGAAGGAAAUCGUGCGUUUCACAGUCUAUUGCCGCCAUGAAAACUAUGUUGAUAUGGUGCGGCUGUACAAGCUGCUGCUUCAGCGGAGGGUUGCACAAAAGAAGGAUGACUUUUGCUUCUUUGUGGUGUACUCCAACCCUGAUAUGGAGAUCCAGCUGUCCUUUAAGAGACUCCCACGAGGCCACAGUCCCCUGGUGUUGGACUCGGCAGUAAUGGAGGUGAGGGUCCGGGACGUCGGAGUGCUGGUGCCCCUGCUGCCACACCCUUGCAGCCCAAUCAGUGAGGUGCGCUGGCAAACGGAGGACUACGAUGGAAAUAAGAUCCUACUGCAGGUCCAGGGUGCAUACUGCAAACACAGAUAUGAUCCCUGCUACAGAUCAUGCACCGUCACUGAAUCUGCUCCGUCCACCUUCACCCGCAGCGCCACCUCUCACAGGAACCGCCGUUACCAUCAACGGAUGCCACCUCGUUCCAAAGUCCACCCGACCUCCCACUACUCCAUGCCUCUGGCAUGUGAGGAGCCAGAUGAGCAGGAGCAGUGGCCAGACCAACAACAUCCUGACAGCUGGAGGUCCCAUUGGACGGGCAAUCGGUCCGGAUCCGUCUUCUCUCUACCCAACAUGGGCUCAGCCAGCUCCCGCUCUGCCUGUUCCUCUCCAGGUCCUUGUCCCAGCCCCAAUUACAGGAGCCACUCCCUUCACCGGAGUUCUUCGCUCAUCCCGCCCUUCCGCCUCAAUGUGGACGCUCUGAUCGGGGCAGAGGAGACUGAUGUAGACACGGGAAACAAGGUAAAUCCAGGUAGCAGUGUAGACCUCACAGUUGUGUCUGCGUACGUCAAAUCGAGCCUCCCACAGACUCCUCGGCCAUUAUCGGCCCCACCAGAAGACAUCGGACCCCACCUCUCUCCCGUCACCCAAGAGGGCACCUACAAAUCGGCCGCUCUGGGCCGGACUCCAAACAGCUUCUCCAUCAAAAGCUCUCGGUCUGCCUUGCAGUUGUCAUGUUCCCAAAGCACCAGUGCAAACACACUGUCCUCAGCUUCAGUGAACGAGUCAGACAGCUGCAGCAUAAUUAGUGUGCCAGUUGAAGAGAAAGACACGACAGAAGAGGAAGAACAAGAAUUCUACAUCUGAUCUUUUGCUAAAGGCUCAUAGGACUUAACUCUGGUCAGUAAUAUCAAACCUUAGUGCUGAGACAAUCAUGUAAGCUCUACUCUGCCCCCUGGUGUUUGAUAGUAAAACAACAACAGCAAACUGAAGCAAAGCACAAAGUGUUCUGAAAUAUUUGUGAAUGCUGCAUUUUUUUUUUUUUUUGCAUGUGUAUAUAUAAACUCUGUAAAUGCUACUUCAUAUCUACUUUCACGCAUUUAAUGGAGAAGUUGCAUAUCUGUGUACAGAAACAUUUAAUAAAAUUGCAAAUUGUU